AUGUUAUCUCUCCGCGAUGAUGAUGAUGACGACAAACAUCUCUGCAUCAAAUGUAACGCCACGAUCGUAGGCCUGGACAGCUACAUUAAGCACAGAAAAGACAAGUGCGGCAAGGCCAAAGUCAACAAGAGACCUGAUCUACCGCCAAUCGACACUCUCGACCCAAGCUGCAGUUUGGGUGCUGACAUCUUCUUCCAAUCUCUAGAACUCCAAAGCAGUGUGAAAAAGACAAGUCUUACCCCACCCGUUUCUACAACGAAACCUUCUGAUAGUAAGAAUGCACCGUCCACAUCCAGUCAAAGAGUAAGCCCACUGGAUAGCCGAGGUGAACACUGGAUUGGAGGCCACAGUUUGACCACAGAUACCAGCGUAGACAAUCAUACUAAACUGAUCAAUGCCGUUGCAAGUAUAAGCGGUUCCGUAAAGAAAGAUGUUUCUUUUGAUCUCUAUGACGAAAGUGAUGAUUCGGAAGGCUCUGAGGACGAUGACGACGAUGAACACGUUAGCGGUCAAAAAUGGAAACCGCCACCGAAUUAUACAGGAGGUAAAUGGAGACCAACUUCACCCGACCAAGCUUGGAAUCCAAACGAUGGCGAGCAAACCGGUAAAUGGAAAUCUGAUUUACCAGAUCGCGAUGAAGAUGAUGAAACUCCACCUCCAGGGCAUACUAAAGGCAAAUGGGUACCUGGAGCCAAUGAGAAAACUCAGAUUAUGCAACCAAUCAUUCAGAGUAAGGGUUCCAUACAGUACUGGUGUGGUCCUUGCAACAGACGACUUGGUUCCCGAGCGGUUUACGACAAACAUUUAAAGUCCAGUUUACAUAUAAAGAAAGUUCUUCCCGAACGUGAAUUGGAAUAUUCUGGUCAUUUAAAACCAAUCAAACCGAAGCGCACCAUUCGUCCGUCUCGGUUUGUUAACGAUGGUAUAUACACUCGCACUCAGAGGAAAAAAACAAAACCCACGAAAGUAAGCGUCAAAAUACAAUUGAAGAAGCGUAAAAGGAAAACUACUUUCAUCCGUUGUAUCGGUUGUGACUCCAGGGUGAGACGACACUUGAUGGGCAAGCACUUGAUUUCCCACUACCACUUUAGAAAAACAACCGCCGUAGAUAGCGAAGUUUAUCAAAAGCUCAUACUCGACAACAUUGUGGCUAUAGUACACCAAUCACCCUUCCAAUGCAAUCCAUGCAAGUUUUACACUAAUUGGCUAUCGAAUUUUAUGCAGCAUUGGUUCACAGAAGAACAUCAAGAGAAAACAAAUUUAAUUGAGGGUAGAUUCUGGUGUUCUUUUUGUAAAUUCGAAUGUGAGACUUCUCAAGAGAUGCUUGACCACUUAUCGAGUCCAACUCAUAGCGAAGCUGUGGCCGUCGUCAACAGAUCCAUGCCGAUCAUCAUAAGGAAGAAGACAAUCUUCAAAUGCGAGACUUGUUCAAUGGAGUUUAAAUAUAAUAUUGAGAUGAAAAAGCACAGCAUCAAAACAAGUCAUCCAUUAGCUUAUACUGGAACAGAUGACUACCAAGAAUUCCAUCGUUGUCAGCAUUGCAAAGUGAAGUUCAAAUCUUCAUUAACGUUGGCUGCCCAUCUGAAAAGAAAGCACAAACAGAAAGCUUAUUUCUGUCUCGUUUGUAUGAAAACUUUUAAUACUUCUUUGGAAGCCAAGAUACAUCGACAGACUUCUGAACACAGGAUCAAAAGCAGAGAAAACCGCAUCAGGCUAAAAGGAGGAUCCACAAAGGACUUGAACAAGAAAUGCCCUUACUGUACUGAGAAAGUCGUUUUGAGAAACAUCUUGAUGUUAAAGGAACAUAUUCGGAUAGUACAUCCCGAUAUAAGAAAAAAAUGCCCCAAAUGCGGAAUGACCUUCAUAUUCUCCCAAGAAGUGACCAGGCAUAUCAGAUCCGAAGCUUGUAAAUUCCAACCUUCCUCUUCCAACGCGUCCAUCUUUUGGAACUGCAGCAAAUGUCUCUUUACGACAGACUCGCAAGCGGAAUGCUUCUUUCACGAAGUUCUACACACCGAGCCGGUUAAAGAAACAAAAAUAAUUAAAGGAGUUGAAAAGGUCUUCCAAAAAUAUACGUGCCCGCUUUGCCCUAAGAGCUUUAAGAAGGCGUCCCUGCGUCAGCACUUGCGGCAACAUACCUUUGAAAGACCAUUUGUUUGCGGGACGUGCGGAGCGAACUUCACCAGGCAGACGACUUUGGUAAACCAUCAAAAAAACGAGCACGGCACCACCGGCAAGAUGCCCAGAGUGCCGAUAGUUGAAAGAAUCGAGGAUCCGGAUAUUGAUUGGGAAUGCGAGAAAUGUGGAAACAAUUUUAAUAGUAGAUCUGCUUUAACCCGUCACGUAGCUGUGGACUGUACUGAGCUUUCGAGGUCCGGUGCUAUGCUGCAAUGUCCACAUGAAGAAUGUACUUAUGUGGCAAACACUAUUAGUAAAUUAGCCAGACACCGACGAACACAUGGCGAACGAAUAAAACACCACGAAUGUCCCUUAUGUUCUUUCAAGACGGACCAAGCUAGUCAUUUCAAAAGGCACAUGCUUUGUCACAGAGGAAUCAAACCCUAUGGCUGUCCAUAUUGCCAGUUUACAUGUGGAAGUUUGGAAAAUCUACGAAAACAUGUCCUUCGAAGCGGCCGUCAUAAAGGUCUUUGUUUGUAUAAGUGUCAUAUAUGCAAUUAUCCUACUAAUAUGGCAACUAAUCUCCGAGAACAUUUGAGAACAGUACAUAGUGAUAAGUAUGACUCUAAAAGCGCUACUGAAAGUGUAAGAACACAUUUAAUGGUGAACAAGUCAAUCGAAUGA